AGUAGAGAACAAAAUAUUCCCUUAAUUAUUUGGGGCUACUUUGCACUAGUAUGUAUGUUAGCGUGUGGGAGAGAAAGAGAGAGAGAGAGAGCAGAGGAGUGGCUGUGGAAGUCUUAUUUUCUUGAGGAAAUACUGAGAAGAUGAGAAGGAAUAAUUUUCUCGAAACAUUCCAUUCGACAUUUACUUGUUGACCGGACUAGAGUCUGCAGCGUGUGCAACACAAGCGCAGUUCUUUCUACAGCGGCAGGACCAAUUGCUUUGCUGCUGACGCAUGCACCGAAGCCAUUAAGAAGGAGAAGAAGGAGGAGCAGCAGCUGAAGAAGAUCGAGCACUUGAAAGAAUGGAAGGAGGAGAAAGAGAAGUUCCAAAUUACGAGCUACAGGUCUCCUUCUCCACACCACAAGCAAUCCAUGAGAUGGGUUUUGUACAAUUUGAAGAAAACCAUGUUUUGAGCUUUUUGGCUCCCUCGCAUUCACACCACUCUUCUCAUAUUUCUCAACCUCUCACUACCACAACCACCAAUACCCACAUGGGAUUUAGUAGUCACAACGACCAGGUGGGAACAUUGGAUCCAAAGGCUACUAUUGAAGAGAACUACACUGUUAGUGCUAACGAUGGCAACAAUUCUUGGUGGAGGAGCUCAUCAUCUUCAGAAAAAAGCAAGGUUAAAGUUAGGAGAAAACUUAGAGAACCAAGAUUCUGUUUUCAAACUAGAAGUGAUGUGGAUGUGCUUGAUGAUGGUUACAAGUGGAGAAAAUAUGGCCAGAAAGUAGUCAAGAAUAGUCUUCAUCCAAGAAGUUACUAUCGGUGUACCCACAAUAACUGUCGAGUGAAAAAGAGAGUGGAACGAUUAUCUGAGGAUUGUCGAAUGGUGAUAACAACCUAUGAAGGUAGACACAACCACUCUCCAUGUGAUGACUCAAAUUCAUCUGAACAUGAAUGCUUUACCUCUUUCUAGCUAAUAGUUGAAUUAUUAGACUAGAAAAAACAAUGUUGUAAUUAGCAUAAUUAAUGUAUCAGCUUGGGACAAUAUUUGUCUUAAUGAGUUUAGUAGCUUCUUUUUUUUC